AUGGAAGACGAAGUUUCUGCUGCUCUUGUUAUUGACAAUGGUUCUGGUUCAUGCAAAGCCGGUUUCGCUGGUGAUGAUUCACCACGUGCUGUGAGCCGCUCCCCUGCAAUGGUCUGCAUGGGCCAAAAAAAUUCAUAUGUAGGGGAUGAAGUUCAAUCAAAACGUGGUCUUCUUACUCUUACAUAUCCUAUUGAGCGUGGUAUUGUAACAAAUUGGGAUGACAUGGAAACAAUUUGGCAUCAUACAUUUUACGAACUUCGUGUUGCUCCAGAGGAACACCCUGUGCUCUUGACUGAAGCGCCACUCGAUCAUGAGUCUAGUGAACAUAACAAAAAGAAUCAUAAAAUUAACCGAGAGAAGAUGACUCAAAUAAUAUUUGAAACUUUCAACGUGCCUGCUUUUUAUGUUGCAAUUCAAGCCGUUCUUUCAUCAUAUUCAUCUGGUCAUACUAAUGGUAUUGUUCUUGAAUCUGGUGAUGGUGUCACUCAUGCUGUACCUAUCUAUGAAGGUUACGCUCUUCCUCAUGCUAUUCUUCGUCUCAAUUUGGCCGGUCAUGAUUUGACUGGAUAUCUUAGGACACUUCUCAGUUAUUCAGUCACGAACUCUUCCGAACGUGUGAUUGUUGACAUUAAAGAGAAACUCUGUUAUGUUGCUUUGGAUUUUGAGCAAGAAAUGAAAACUGCUGCUCAAUCAUCUACUUUGGAGAAAUCUUAUGAAUUGCCUGAUGGUCAAGCUAUUACUAUUGGCAAUGAACGUUUCCGUGCUCCAGAAGCACUUUUCCAGCCUUCUUUUUUGAGUAUGGAAGCUGUUGGUAUUCAUGAAACCAUCUAUAAUUCCAUUAUGAAAUGUGACGUUAAUUUUCAUAAUGACCUUUAUAAAACUAUUGUCCUUUCUGGAGGCAAUACUAUGUUUUCUGGAAUUGCAGAUAGAUUGAAGAAGGAAAUUACAGCAUUAGCACCUUCUAACAUGAACGUCAGGAUUAUCAUCCCUCCAGAACGUAAAUAUUCUGCCUGGAUUGGUGGAUCAAUCUUGGCUUCUCUCUCAACUUUCGAAAAAAUGUGGAUUAGUAAACAAGAAUACGACGAAUCUGGUCCUUCUAUUGUUCAUCGCAAAUCCAAUGGAUAUUCACAGGCAUUUUCGUCCACAAAUCACAUUUAA